CAGAAGUCUGAAGCAUGGCAGUAAUUAAUUAAAGUCCGACGAGAGAGAGAUAGAAAGAAAAGAGGGAGUCAAAGCAGGAGUACGAGGGGGAAUGGAUAGUCGUGGACUACUUGGUGAGACCGGAGGCGGCGACCGCCCUCUCAGCAACAACAACUACUACUACUUCCCAAGGACGCACAGCACUCACUCCAUACAAUCCGCGUCCACAAGUCGUGUACAGUAUUGUACAGUGGAUAUACCUGAGCCACAAUUCCAGCUAUCUAGUGACAUCCAGGGCUUCGUUAUAAUUAUCGGAUGGGUGCUACAUCUCUACUGUGAAUACUGUUCUCUCUGUUCAGCCUCGUUGCCUAUUAUCAUCUUUGCCCACCGAUCCUCUCCUGCUCAGGGAGAAGAGAUCCUCAGCACGGCUCAGAAGGGAUCCCAGAUGACGGGACCGCGGCCAAGCAACGGGUUGAUGUGCACUACUGCGCGCAAAUCCGCCCGGCCUCGUAAAACCACGAGGUCGUGUCUGGGGGUAACCUUGAGGCUUGAACUGACUUUUUUUGGGUCUCCCUGUCAGACUUCUGGGCUAAUGCUGGUAAAUAAUUUAAAUUUCUUUUUUCUUCCCUACGAACUCCGGCUGACAACUGGCAGUCUGGGAUACUACUACGGACUAAGCAGACUAGAGUCUUUAGACGAUAGUCAUGGUCCCCGACAGCUGUUCUUUUUCUUGUCCAGCCCCAAUGCGUGGCCAGCUGCUUUAAACAGUGGGCUACUCUGAGCACGCGAUGAUUAUCUAGCGUUCUAAUGGAUCAGCAAGAGAGGGGCGCCGGCUGCCUGUGUCCGGACGGAAGACAGCUAUCUGCACGGUGCAGCAUGCAGAGAACACCGA